UGCCAGUGAGGAGGAGAGUACCGGAGAGGAUGCUGGAUGUUGAGACGGAGCUGCUGGCGGUAGAUUUUCAGUCACACUAACCUGAAGCAGCUGAGACCUGACAGAGAGAUAAAAAACAACAGCACAUCUGUGUGAGAGCGUCAGGAUCGGGUGGACGAUGAACAUGUCUGGCGGCGCCCCAGGGGAGGAGCUCACGGAUGAGGAGAAGGAGAUCAUCAACAGUGUACUGGCUCGUGCGGCCAUGAUGGAGGCCAUGGAGCAUGAGAGGAUUGAGCGUCUCACCAGCCGGCUGGAUAACAUCAAGAAGACGGCGUGUGGUGACGGACAGUCGCGCUGUCUGUUGUGUGGGACGGCUUUUGGACCACAGGGGGCCACAGCUGUCCUCUGUGUGCAGUGUAAUAAACACAUGUGCAGCAAAUGUGGGAUCUGGAGCAACAGCAGGACGAAUCCUAUGUGGCUGUGCAGAAUCUGCAAUGAACAAAUAGAGGUACAGAAGCGCUCAGGAGCUUGGUUCUUCAAGGGAAGAGUCCACCAGGGUCUGCCGCCCCCCCUCCCUCUGUCCAGACCUCGACAGUCCAGCACUGAGGACAGUUCUGGUGCAGGAGGCUACAAUGGAUCACAGGACCCUACAACACAUCCUCAGGAACAUGAACCACAGCAGCAGCCAUCACGUGGAUCAGAACAAUGGGAGCAGACAGCAACAACAACAGCUGACAGCUAUAAUGAGAGUCAGUCCUGUCCAGCAGCUGUAAUGAAGACUGAGAGACAUGUGUUAGCCUCCAAACCACCUCGAGCAAACGCACAGCAGGUCGCCCCCUCCUCAGCUCCUGCUGCAGAUGUGGAAGCAACUGCGGCCCCUCCAGCUGUGGAGCUAAAAAGACAAGCUGUUGUCUCCAGCUCCAUCUCAUCACAUGUUCCUGCGACCAGAGUGAAUCCACCUGUUAACCCACCGGUCAACAACCCCGCCCCCUCACGACCUCCACCUGAUCGGACAGAGGUUGAGGACAACGACUACGACUCAGAUGACGCCACCACUCUGGGAUGUCUGGAGUUCAGUCUCCUCUAUGAGCAGGAGAACCACACCCUGCACUGCUGCAUCGUUAAAGCCAAGGGUCUGAAGCCGAUGGACUCAAACGGACUCGCUGACCCAUAUGUGAAGCUGCACCUCUUACCUGGAGCCAGUAAGUCCAACAAGCUUCGCACCAAAACACUUAAAGCCACUCUGAAUCCAGUGUGGAACGAGACUCUGGUGUAUCACGGCAUCACUGACGAUGAAAUGUCACGCAAAACCCUCCGGCUUUCUGUGAGCGAUGAGGACAAGUUUGGACACAAUGAAUUCAUCGGAGAGACGCGAGUCGCUCUGAAGAAACUGAAGUUUGACCAGAAGAAGACCUUCAAUGUUUGUUUAGAGCGAGUGAUCCCGGUGAAGAAGGCUGUGGGAGGACCCGCUCGGGGUAUGGCGCUCUAUGAGGAUGAUCUGAACGAAGGUGAGGAUUCAGAGGAGAGGGGUCGUAUCCUGGUGUCACUGUUGUACAACAGUCAGCAGGGUCGUCUGAUCGUGGGCGUCGUCCGCUGUGCUCACCUGGCUGCCAUGGACUCCAACGGAUACUCUGACCCAUUCGUCAAAGUAUGUCUGAAGCCAGAUAUGGGGAAGAAAGCUAAAAACAAGACACAGAUAAAAAAGAAGACUCUGAAUCCAGAGUUUAACGAGGAGUUUGGUUAUGAAAUAAAACACGGUGAGCUAGCCAAGAAAACCCUCGACAUCUCUGUCUGGGACUACGACAUGGGGAAAUCUAAUGAUUUCAUUGGAGGAUGUCAGCUGGGCAUCCAGGCUAAAGGAGAGUGUUUGAAGCACUGGUACGAAUGCCUGAAGAACAAAGACAAGAAGAUCGAGCGCUGGCAUGUUCUGCUAAACGACAACACUGCUCAGUUUGAGGAUUAAAUCGUCCUCCACCUGUUCUGUGUAGUUUCUUUCUCUAUCAUUCUCCUUGUAGAAUAUUGUCUUUAGUGAGCACAGGUAGACGGAUAUUAUCCUCUUGCUUUAUGUCCCCAAAGUGCAGGCUACAUUUCCAACAGUUUUCAGGUGACCAACAUGGAUGUUGACCUCGGGACUCUUUUUAAUAUGAAGCAGCCUCUAAACAAAACCAUUUCUGCUGUUAUCAGAUCAUAAACUGCAUCAUAUAAUUAAUAAACCUUACCUAACAUGCAGUAAUGAUUGCACAGAGAAGAUAAGACCCCUGCGAUCAAGCCUCCAACCUUAGACCCAACAAAGGGGAAUCCCACUGCUCUGUCUCUGACCUGUUGUCCUCGUGUUGAUCUGUGCUUCUGUCAUAUAGGAUCAUGUGUUAUCAGCUGUUCUAUGUGACCAUGUUGUUCCGAGUGCUUGCGUCACCAUAACAUUCGCACCACUUGUGUUACUGUGGAACAUGCAUAUAUUAAAUAUUAAAUGGGACAUUUAAACAUUUUUGGCUCCAAAAAUGAUGUGAACAAACUCACUUUUUUUUUGUUGUUGAUGUGAAAUGCAUUUGCUUUUGUUGGUCUCAUUAUCAGCACCUUCACCUGUGCAUGUGUGAGCUCUCUGUUGGAGAAAUCCAAAUGCCCAAAAUGCUUCUGCAUGAUGUUUUAUGAUGAAGAACAAACUCAGUCAUGCAACCAUGUUAUCACACGUCCAGAAAAUCCACAAAAUAUUCCUCCAGAGAUAUAUUUAAUAGAUGAACAUAAAUGAGAUCUGCACAAGUGUCUUGAGCGACAUGAUGAAUAUUUUGCUCUGUGUUCAUAUUGAUGCAUGUCAUACUGUAGCAGACACGUGGCUAAUAAAGACACUUGGCACUUCC